UUCGAUCCCAACGGUCGAAUUCCGAAUACGGAUCAUCAUCAAAUGCAGCAGAUGGGGUGGAGAGGACGCAGCCUGUCCGCCGAAGGAUUCAAAUUUCGAAUGCCCAAAUUCCCUUUCCCCACCUAUUUCUCUUCGAUCCCCAUCGCCGUAGCUCAACGAGAACAAGGAAGAAGGAGGAGGACGAGGAAAGAUGGCUCUGAGAUCCCUCGACAACGCUCUUCCCACGUCCAUGAAGCGGCCCAAGAAGGUCGCCAAGGUGGCCGCCCCUCCUCCCGCGGCCAAGAGCCCGGCCCCCGCCCAACUUCCUCGCGAUGUCCGCGCCAACAACGAGAACAACCUACCGCCGGCACCGCCCAUGGACCAGUCCGUCGAGUACGUCGCUUCCGAGGACCUUAAACCUCUCUCCGACCCCGACGCCAGGAUGGCGGUAUUGUUGGAUGAAUUGAGUUCCAAAGAUUGGACGCAAGUGUGCGAAGCGUUGAAUGAUUUACGGCGGAUGGCUCUCCAUCACUCUUCUCUUUUGGUUCCGAUCUUGGGAAAUGUGACGGAAGUGAUAGUUAGAGCAAUGAAAAGUCCGAGGAGUGCACUCUGCAAGACAUCGAUCAUGGCUUCAGCUGACAUCUUCCAUUGUUUUGGUCAUCUCUUGCUGUUUACAACAGAGAAAAAUUCUUUUGGCCAGCUGCUGCUGCAACUUUUGCUAAAAGCAUCUCAGGACAAGCGAUUCGUUUGUGACGAAGCUGAAAAGGCACUCGAGAAGAUGGCUGUUUCCGUAUCUCCUCUUCCCUUGCUCAAGGAGCUUCAAUCUUAUGUGCGUCAUGCUAACCUUAGAGUGAGGGCCAAAGCUGCAGUAGCCAUGUCGAAAUGUGUCUCCAAAAUGGGUAUUGAGGUUAUGAAAGGGUUUGGACUCGCAACUCUACUCCAAGUGGCUGCUGAAUUGCUUAGUGACAGAUUGCCCGAGGCUCGUGAUGCAGCUCGGACCAUUAUUAAUUCAAUAUACCGUGAAUUUUCAAAUGAUAGUAAUAUAAAGGAUGUUGAUGAAUCAGCAGCAGCAGAGUCAUGGCAAAAUUUCUGUGCUUCAAACUUGCCUCCCAUUGCAGCACAGUCGGUAGCAAAGAUUGUUUCGCUUAGUUUCAUCUGUUCUUUGGCUUCUACAUGAAAUUUAUCCACCAUAUUCCAUGCUAUUUUGCAUUUCACGGGUUGUGAAAUGUUUGUGCGGCAUCGAAGCUGCUGAACUCCUCUAAAUUUAGAAGAUCUAAUAAGCAUUCUGGUUUGUUUCUUUUGCAUAGUGUUUUCUGGAACAUAAAUUGUGUGUACUAUACUGGUUUUUUUUGUUCUGUUGGUGUAAUUUCUGUAAAGGAGAACUCGAUCAUCGUUUAUGUGCUUUAUAUCAGAACAUUUUAUGUGCUAAA